CCUGGGGAGGCCGAGGGGUUCCGCAAGACGGAGGGCGGGAGACUCUGAGCCGCGCGGGAGCCGGAGGGGUGCCCCGGCCUCCGCGGGGACGAUGGCGGAGGAAGAAGGACCAACUAUAGAACUGCGCCAAAGAAAAAAGCCAAAGUCUUCAGAAAAUAAAGAAUCUGCCAAAGAAGAGAAAAUCAACAAUACCGCAAUUCCUGAAAGAGUUCCAAAACAUAUAUUAUUUCAGCGCUUUGCAAAGAUAUUCAUUGGCUGUCUUGCAGCAGUUACUAGUGGUAUGAUGUAUGCUCUCUAUUUAUCAGCGUACCAUGAACGGAAAUUCUGGUUUUCCAACAGGCAGGAGCUUGAACGGGAAAUUACAUUUCAGGGUGAUAGUGCCAUUUAUUAUUCUUAUUAUAAGGAUAUGUUAAAGGCACCUUCAUUUGAAAGAGGUGUAUACGAACUGACACACAAUAACAAAACUGUAUCUCUGAAGACUAUAAAUGCAGUGCAGCAAAUGUCUCUAUAUCCAGAACUUAUUGCCAGCGUUUUAUAUCAAGCAACUGGUAGCAAUGAGAUUAUUGAGCCAGUAUAUUUCUAUAUUGGCAUUGUUUUUGGAUUGCAAGGAAUAUAUGUCACUGCUUUAUUUGUUACAAGUUGGCUUAUGAGUGGAACUUGGCUAGCAGGAAUGCUAACUGUUGCGUGGUUCAUUAUUAACAGGGUAGAUACGACAAGAAUUGAAUACUCCAUUCCUUUAAGAGAAAACUGGGCACUACCAUAUUUUGCAUGCCAAGUCGCUGCACUUACAGGCUAUUUAAAAAGCAACUUAAAUUCUUAUGGAGAGAGGUUUUGCUACUUGUUGAUGAGUGCUUCAACUUACACAUUUAUGAUGAUGUGGGAGUACAGCCACUACCUCUUGUUUCUUCAAGCAAUAUCUCUCUUCUUGCUAGAUAGUUUUUCACUGGAGCAAAGUGAAAAGGUUCAUGAAGUUUAUAAAAUCUAUAUAUUUUCUCUCUUUCUGGGAUAUUUACUGCAGUUUGAGAAUUCGGCUUUAUUGGUAUCUCCUUUAUUAAGUUUUGUAAUAGCCUUAAUGCUUGCUAAGUGCCUUCAGCUGAAUGUGAAGAAAGGAACUUUCGUGGCUAAAAUAAUGAAAGUGAUUAAUUUUUACUUGGUGUGUACUCUGACAGUGACAUUGAAUAUUAUAAUGAAAAUGUUUGUCCCCCACAAAGAAAAUGGACAUAUGCUGAAAUUCCUUGAAGUAAAAUUUGGACUAAAUAUGACUAAGAAUUUUACAAUGAAUUGGCUCCUAUGUCAAGAAUCCCUUCAAGCACCAUCUCAAGAAUUUUUUUUGCGAUUGACACAGUCUUCUUUAUUACCUUUCUAUAUUUUAGUGUUAAUUACUUGUUUUCUUUCUAUGAUUCAAGUUAUUUUUAGGAGAAUUAAUGGUAAGUCCCUGAAAGAAACUAUUACGCUUGAAGAUGGACAAAUUGGAGAAAGGCCAGAAAUAAUUUAUCACGUGAUUCACACUAUUUUAUUGGGCUCUCUUGCAAUGAUUAUAGAAGGCUUGAAAUACCUCUGGACUCCUUAUGUGUGCAUGUUAGCAGCAUUUGGUGUAUGUUCUCCUGAACUUUGGAUGACACUUUUCAAGUGGCUUCGAUUACGAACUGUACACCCAGUAUUGUUGGCUCUCAUUCUGAGCAUGGCUGUCCCUACCAUAAUAGGUCUCAGCUUAUGGAAAGAGUUUUUUCCAAGAUUAAUGACAGAAUUAAUGGAACUACAAGAAUUUUAUGACCCAGAUACGGUGGAACUUAUGACCUGGAUAAAAAGGCAAGCUCCAGUCGCAGCUGUUUUUGCAGGAAGUCCACAGUUAAUGGGUGUGAUUAAAUUAUGCACUGGAUGGAUGGUGACAAGCUUGCCUCUUUACAAUGAUGAUGAUCUUCUCAAGAGAAAUGAAAAUAUCUAUCAAAUCUAUUCAAAGCGAUCUGCUGAGGAUAUUUAUAAAAUACUGACAUCCUACAAGGCUAAUUACCUAAUUGUAGAAGAUGCUAUCUGCAAUGAGGUGGGAACCGUGAGAGGCUGUAGGGUUAAAGAUUUAUUAGACAUUGCAAAUGGCCACGUGGUUUGUGAAGAAGGUGACAAGAUAACCUACUCAAAACAUGGAAGAUUUUGUCAUGAGGUCAAAAUUAACUAUUCUCCUUAUGUGAAUUAUUUCACUAGAGUAUACUGGAACAGAUCCUACUUUGUGUAUAAAAUCAACACUGUGAUAUCCUUUCAGUCUUGAAAAACAGCAGAGCCUUCAUUUCAAAGACUUAUACCACCUGAAGUAAAAUGCAAUUUUCUUCUACCUACGUGGUGUCUUUUGGAAAUCAGAGUAUGGACAUUUGAAAUGUUGCUGCUGCUUUUCCCCUCCUGCUGUUAACUGGAUCUAGAAUUCUGUGGGGGAAAGAAGAUCAAACAUUACUGUCCUUUGGUAAAAUGUCAAAUCUGCCACUCUGCAUCAUUCCAGCCAGGUGUCUUCCUCACUGCUACAUGGUCUUUAAAGAUUUUACCUUCUAAACUAUUGUAAAAUUUUCCUCAUAAAUCUUCAUUCCAUCAUAACAUUAGUCUUGAAUUUGAAUAUUUUCAAGGUCAGAGUAUAUAUCUCAAAUAUAACAUUUAAUAAAUAAUUAAUGUGAUAUAAUUAUAGAAGGAAAGAAUUAUUCUUUCCCUCAAGGAAGUUUCUGAAGGUAUUUCAUGGUGUAUAAUAGAACUGAAAUAUUACAAUAAAAAACUAAUUUAAAUGUUCACUGAAAAUUUGUGGCAUUUAAAUUAAGACGGAAAUUAUAUAAAGGAAAGUGAUUUUUAAGGAUAUACAUAAAGAUAUAUCCAGAUUUUCCAUGAUACUGCUCUCCUCAUCUGCUGCUUAUGUAAAUGAGCACUUUCUUAGUAAUAUACAGUGUAUGAUAUUGCAUUUCAUCACUUUAUGACUAUUAAGUGGUUAGUUUUUUCACUUAUGCCCAUAAAUUUGAUACCAAUUUAAUCAUGAUAAAACAGUAACUCUUGUUACCUAUGGUUUUUUUUUUUGGUUGGUUGGUUGGUUUUUUUUGCGGUACGCGGGCCUCUCACUGUUGUGGCCUCUCCCGUUGUGGAGCACAGGCUCCGGACGUGCAGGCUCAGCGGCCAUGGCUCACGGGCCCAGCCACUCUGCAGCGUGUGGGAUCUUCCUGGACUGGGGCAUGAACCCGUGUCCCCUGCAUCGGCAGGCGGACUCUCAACCACUGCGCCACCAGGGAAGCCCACCUAUGUAUUUUUUAAAACAGACAUUUAAAAGAUUGUUCAAAAUUUAAAAAUAAGAAAAAAAUAAAAGCAUGUUGUUUAGGUUUUUAAAAAAUAUGGAUAUGGAGUAUAUAAUCUAUUCACAUGUUUUCUAUUGAAGUAUUAAGUAAAAAAUUAAAUCUUUAUCAGAAUGAGAAUAUGAGCAACUAAAGUGAGCAACAAUUUCUGGAGAUAUGUGCAGAUGCUGUUUAACAUACCUCUGCAUAGAGGUGUAUUUAUGAUAAAACACAAGUGCUAUUAUUUAUGAAAUGAUGAUACAAUCUUAAACAUUAAAAACAAAAUGACAAUUAUAAUAAAAUUCAGAGCACAGUUCCACAAUCUGUUAUGUUCCUUUAAGUUAAAUGUUUUCAUAUUUUUAAUUAUUAAUUAAAAGAAAUUCUAAAUGAUUAAUUUGGCCUUAUAAAGAGAUUCAGGAUGGAUGUAUCAUUUUAAUAAGAUGGGAUACAUAUUCAGUUUUACCUUAUACACCUGUUAAGUGAACAGAUUUAAAAUUUUUUCACUUGUUAGAGUGCUGUAAAAAUUGCAAUUUCAUUACUCUGAAUUACUACGUUAGAAAGGAACAUCUUUCCAUUUUCUUUAUUUUCUGUAAUAUAUAUUUUAAAAGUACAAAAGCACAUGCAUUCUUAGAUUAGCUCUAAGGUGUUUUGUUCUUUUGGAGCUUAAGAAUUGUUUGAUGGCAGUGUCAUAUGUCUGGUGCGUUAGUUUUAUUGGUUCUCAUUUCACGUUUUUAUAUAACUUUUAACAAUUAUAUUAAGAUAGCUACAGGCAGGUUAUUUCAGGUUCUCUGUACAUCUUAAUAGUGAGUCACUAGUAUUUAGCUUCAAGCCUUACGAAAAUAUUACCAUAGUUACCUAAGUACACAGUGAAUAGUCACAUGGUAGUACUUACAAUUAGAGGGAGCAUGUAAAACAAUGUAAUUUAAAAGUCAGCUUGCAUAUUUUUUUUUUUUUGCGGUACGCGGGCCUCUCACUGUUGUGGUCUCUCCCGUUGCGGAGCACAGGCUCCAGAUGCGCAGGCUCAGCGGCCAUGGCUCACGGGCCCAGCCGCUCUGCGGCAUGUGGGAUCUUCCCGGACCGGGGCACGAACCCGUGUCCCCUGCAUCGGCAGGCGGACUCUCAACCACUGCGCCACCAGGGAAGCCCAGCUCGCAUAUUUUGAAAGGGAAAUAGAACAACCUACUUUCUAUGUAGCAUGAGAUAUUUAAUUGAAUUUUUAUUGAUUUACUUUAUGAUCACAUAUGCUGAAUUAGUUUUGAUUGUUGUAUGUUUUUUGUUUUUGACGUAUUAGUAAGUUGCUUUUGCUUCUGUCAACUUAUUUCUUAAAUAGAUUUGGAUCCGUUUUUAA